AUGGCUGCAGCGCUAAAGAAUGUGAUCGUCGUUGGCGGCUCCUAUGUCGGAAUGGCAACGACAAAAGAACUGGCCUCCAUCCUGCCUGCUACUCAUCGUAUACUGCUCGUUGAGCCGCAUAGCCAUUUUCACCACCUCUUCGCUUUUCCUAGAUUUGCAGUCCUGCCAUCGCAUGAGCACAAGGCUUUUAUCCCUUACACAUCAACAUUCUCUUCAGUACAAAGCCCAGUACAACAUGCCGUCGUAACAGCAAGAGUAGAAUCCCUACGUGCUGACAGUAUCUUGCUUGAUCGGGAAUGGCAAGGCUCCAGAGAGAUCCCCUUUGACUAUCUGGUCGUGGCGUCGGGCACCAAGCUUCAGGCGCCCGGCUCCAUGACGGAGGACGAUAAACUGUCAUCCGUCAGGUAUUUCCAAGCCUAUCAGAAACGCAUCACAAACGCAAAGUCGGUCAUCAUUGUCGGUGGCGGAGCAGUUGGUGUGCAGAUGGCAACCGAUGCAAAGGAACUGUACCCAGAGAAGGACGUUACGCUGGUCCACUCUCGCCAGAAGCUGAUGCCAUUGUAUCACGAACAGCUCGACAGAAUCAUCAAGGACAGGUGCGAGGAAUUGGGCGUCAACCUUGUACUUGGUUCGCGAGUCGUCAUGCCAGCCGGUGGCAUUGGCGCAGACCAAACUUCAAUUGAGCUCCAGAAUGGCACAAAGCUGUCCGCAGACGUGAUUGUGCCUGCCGUUGGUCAGACGCCAAACACGCAAUUCCUGUCGGGUCUUGCUCCGUCAUCCCAAGAUUCGCUCGUCAACCCGGCCAACGGUUUCAUUCGCGUGAAGCCAACCUUGCAGCUGGCAGACCCAAAAUAUCCCAACAUUUUUGCCGUUGGAGAUGUCGCAGACAGCGGUGCGCACAAGGCGGCACGUCCGGGUGGAGCUCAGGCCGCGGUGCUCGCCAGGAACCUGGUUGCCAUGAUUGAGGGCAAGGAGCCGAGCGAGAACAUUGUCGUGAGCCCGCCUGCCAUUCACCUCAGCCUUGGUUUGACCAAGAACUUGGUUUUCAGAAACCCCAACCCAGCUGAAGGUCAAACGGAACCAAUGAUUAAGCACAGAGAUGACGGCAAGAGGGACAUGGGCAUUGAGGGUGUUUGGGAAAGACGCGGUAUCAACGUCACGGACCCCGCCCAAUACCACUUGUAG